GGCGCAUUACUACAUUACCUCAAUCUGCGGGUAACUUACUCACAUACACACUCACAGAUCCUGCGUUUAUCUAUCAACCUUUAAAACACUCACAGACAGCUCUCUGCUGCUGAUUUGAGACACACUUCGCGGACGGGCUUUGAAUAAAUAACGCCAGCAGAAUGGCAGACCAGCUGACUGAGGAACAAAUUGCAGAGUUCAAGGAGGCGUUUUCACUCUUCGACAAAGAUGGCGACGGCACCAUAACCACCAAAGAGCUGGGCACGGUGAUGCGUUCUCUGGGUCAGAACCCGACUGAAGCCGAGCUUCAAGAUAUGAUCAACGAGGUUGAUGCUGAUGGCAACGGAACUAUAGACUUCCCAGAGUUCCUGACCAUGAUGGCAAGAAAAAUGAAGGACACGGACAGCGAAGAGGAAAUCCGAGAAGCUUUCAGAGUCUUUGACAAGGAUGGGAAUGGCUACAUCAGUGCAGCCGAGCUUCGUCACGUCAUGACCAACCUGGGUGAGAAGUUAACAGAUGAGGAAGUGGACGAGAUGAUAAGAGAGGCAGAUAUUGAUGGAGAUGGCCAGGUCAACUAUGAGGAGUUUGUCCAGAUGAUGACUGCAAAGUGAAGGACUCUCCUAUCCUUUAAUCUUUCUCUCUCUCUUACAUUGCUUGUCCUACUAAGAUCACUCUGUCUUUAAAAACGAAAAAAUAACAAGUUUACUUCAGAGAGAAUUUAAAAUUCUGCGAUCUCUUGCCAAAAAUGUCUAAUUUUCAAAAGCAAUUUGUGAAAAACAAUAGCAGACUUGUCCCAGCAGAUGUGAAUGGACCAAGCAUAACUGCAUGAGCCCUUUCGGAGCAAACGUCUCCAGACCUGACAAACAUUUUGAGGACAGAACGUCACUUUAGUCGCAAAUGAGUUGAAGUCUUUAAAAUGCGGAGAACGCCUCUCACGAGUGUUCUUUCAUUGCAUCAACAAUAGAUUUUAAUAACACUUAUUCUAAUAAUGCUAAACAAUUGUGGUAAAUAGUCCAGGGUCACGGUGAGCAAAACCAAUAGCUUGUGACCUUUUGUGGUGAAGUCAUGCUUUUUGCGUAUCGCCUUCUCCUGUUUAAGACUCGAAACGGAACAAAAACUGGAUGUUUAUGAAGACGUAUUUAUUGUUCAAAGCCGACGUCAUACUCGUACUAUGUAUAACCGAGGUUUAUUGGCAGUGACUUGAAGAGUGUGUCUUUACGGGCUAUAAGGCAUGUUACCAGUGUUUACCAUUGACUGGUUAAACCUUUAUUUCACUGUGGGUUUUGUCAUGUGUUACGACGGCUUCAAUCUUUGUGGGAGCACCGAGAUGCAAAGUAUAUACAGCAGAAUGGAAAUGUGAUCGAAUAGCAUAACUGUAAAAAAAAGAUGCUUCAUAAUGCUAUCAGUGUAAAUGUACUGUUCUCCAAUAUUAACGUCUGGUAAACUUUGCAUUGCCUAUUGUUGUUCUGCAGUAGUUAGGUCUGUGACUUUUGUUUGAACCACGGUCUUGAAAUGUGCCAUAAUACUCGUAAGAAAUCUUGUAGUCAUGUAUUAUCGAUAUAUAUAACUAUACACACACACAACUAGCUAUCUAAUCUAUAUUUAUAUAUAUUUGCACUUUGGUGUAGAUUAUACCUUGAUACACACGAGAGAAACCUGCUGCUGCUUCUACAGGUCAAAUGUCUUUUGCUCUUGUGGGUUUGUCAUAACCUCGUCAAGUGCUUUGAAUUUCAUUUGCGCUCCGCUUGCGAGAAACAUGAUGACGGUUAUUUUGAGGAAUGACUAGAAAAUCUGUUAAAUGUAUUGCUAGAAAUCUUUGAAGGGCUUGUUAUUGGUCUAAUAAUUGGAUUUUUUUUCUUUGAACGUAUUACUUCUGUGGAGAAAAGCUUUAGGUGGUAUAUCUUACUCUGUUCGGGACUGUUUAAACAGUUUAUGUUGUCAGGGUUAGAAACGAGCGGUUGGAAAAGUGAUGAUGAUGAUUCACGUGAAGGAUGUACAGAUAAUAUGUGAGAUGCAUCUGUGUUUUCCAAUAAAAUAAAUGUAUAUGUUUAUGCAUA